AGUAAGUAGUGUAGUGUUUCUCUAAUUGAACUUCGCCCAAUCAACAAUAACUCGUUAGCACUUGCUUGCUCUUUCUUGUUUCCUUGAGACAGCUUAUUCCUUGCAGCGAAUCGACCCGUGGCCAGUACCGAUAUACGUUCCUAAGAUCUUCAUGGAGUUCCUCAGAAGAACUUGGACUUUCGUCGGGGAAUACAACUCGUGUGUCUGUGAGACUGCAGCCCACGCCUGAAGCAUGGUGGUUUUAGACCAACAGUUGAAGCAGAAGUAGAUCGACAGUUUCGUCUAAGGUCAGCUAAAGUGGCCAUCUAAGAAGUUUUUAUGAAGAAAGAAAACAGCCGUGGUCAUUUAUUCGAGCAGUUGAAUGCUAUAAGUAACGGUUGCUGAACUAUUUUUUUCUGGGACUGCGAUGACCUCUAGUAAAGACAUGAAGGCAGGAUCUGUGUUGCAGUCCAGUGGCGAGGAGCGGAGACGGGGUCCUCUGGACCAGCUCCCACCCCCGGCGAACUCCAACAAACCGCUCACCCCCUUCAGCAUUGAGGAUAUUUUGAACAAACCGUCGGUGAAGAAAUCAGUGGCGAGUUUAUGUCCACCCCGCGUCCUGGAGAAAGUGACCGGCUCGACUGCAGCUAGGAACGGUAUUACCACUCCCUCUUCGCCGUUAUGCGCUCUGGAGGAACUAGCCAGCAAAACAUUUAAAGGUCUGGAAGUCAGCCUUAUACAAACAGCAGAAGGCCGGGAGCAUUUGAACGCCUUCGGACAACGACAGGCCUCCAAAAAGAGACGGAAGUCACGCACUGCAUUUACCAACCACCAAAUCUAUGAACUCGAGAAGCGCUUUUUGUACCAGAAAUACUUAUCGCCGGCUGACAGAGACCAGAUAGCACAGCAACUCGGCCUGACCAACGCACAGGUCAUCACCUGGUUCCAGAAUAGGCGAGCGAAGCUCAAACGAGACCUGGAGGAGAUGAAGGCGGACGUGGAGUCCCUCAAAAAAAUCCCCCCGCAAACCCUACAGAAACUAGUCAGCAUGGAGGACCUUGAUGAUCCCCAGAGUAGCUCCGGUGCCAUCUCCCCCAGCAUUUCCCCCUCUUCGCAAGGACACAGAGUCUUCCCCCAGUCCCCAUCCUCGUCCAGAGGCCAAACCACAGACGAAUUCUCGGAGGAGGAUGAGGAAAUCGAAGUGGACGAUUGAGUUUGGCCCGCAUUUUGAGACACCCCCUCCCCCCCAACCCCCCAGAACUUUUUUGCACGGACGUUUGCUCCUCUGGAGAACUUGAAAAACGAAAGGGAUUUUCCUCUCUGUGCUUAAUUUAUUAAAGGAUGGUAAAAGCUAAAAGGAUGCCAAACUUUCACCCUGAAGACAUUAUUUGAGGAAUACAUUUCUUUCAAUAGGAUGUGAAAGAUACUUAGAGGUUAUGGUACAGGAUCAAGACUGCGACAUGUGUAUGUACAUUUUAAGUUUUUUCACUAUGUUUUCGGGGGAAAGUUGUGCAAUUGUUUCCUUAUAUCAUUCAAGCAUUUAUGUUAUAGCUGCUAAAGAAACAUAUCUGCCAAAAUGUAAUUUUCAACCCAAAAUUUCACUGAUAAAUUUAUAUAUUUAUACGGUUGAUAAAGACACGACAGAUCCCUAAAAUAACUCACUUGUAUACAACGGGGAAAUAUGAAUCAAAAUUGCAGAUUUAAAUUAUACCCCAUUCAGGGUAGACAUUAAUAGCAGGUAAAUCAAAUACCACAUGUAAAAAAUGUCUUCAAGUUAACUCGUGGGUGAGAUUGUGUAUAAAUUUAAUUACAAUGCAUCUUCUGCGCUAAGGUUAUUGUAACGUUCUAUUUAAUCAUCAUUUAUGUAAA